CAUAAAAAACUGGAAAACGAGUUGCCAACAUCUUAAAUUUUUUCCACUAUCAACAAAAACGAUCUCACGUUUCCAUCGAUAGUAAUUAUUACUGGAAUUGUUCACGGUUUGGUAACUUUAACGUCUCUCCAUUUAUAUACGAUUUACUUAGCGAAACCAAUCAUUGAUAACAACGUUUUAGAGUUUGUAAAGACGUUAGAACACAAGCGUACUAUGUAAAUUAUAAAUAAUAAAACAAAAUCGGAUGAAUUGGAGAAAAAUGUAAUGGUGUUUGGGUACCAAGAGUUCAUUGUGUUAGAAGAGAUAAUGGAGAUCAAAUAUCGAAACGAGAUGGAUUGUGUAUUGAGACUUAAUUAUUGAAUAUCGUCGACCGUACUGAAGACCACUUCAUAUAUUCUAUAACAGUACUGAUUUUAUUUAAAGUUCAAGAAAUGAUUGUACAAAAAAUAUUUUUAAUGAUCACAUUAUAUCUCAUAUCAGUAGAUACCGUGGGAGAGAAAGCAUUCGAAGCUUGCAAGACCUACGGCCAAUCGAUGCUGGAGUGCCACAACGUCCUCUACCCAUCAGCCAGAGUCAGGGUCCCUAUAGACUUCCUCCUGUACCCACACAUGGUCCUCAUCGGCUUCAGAAGAGACAGCCACGAGGAUCCCUCUUGGAAAUGCGGUGGAACAUUAAUUAGCGAGAAAUGGGUGUUAACCGCUGGCCAUUGCAUGGAAGAUCCUAUGAAGGGAUCAGCAAGCAUCAUGAGAGUUGGUACAGCUACGUUCGAAUUUGACGAAAUUGACGAACUGGCACAAGAGAGGGAUGUAGUUGAGAUAGUUUCGCAUCCAUUGUACAAACCACCUUCAAAAUACCAUGAUAUCGCUUUAAUGAGAGCAGGACCACCUUUCUUACUGACUAGAGACAUCAGGAUUGCGUGCCUGCAGCUUGACGAUAACAUACACAAUGUCAAACUAACUGCUAUAGGUUUUGGAGUAACUGUCUCAGGAUCUUUAUCAGGAAGCCAAACGCUAAUGAAAGUCGAUGUAGAUAUAAUAGACAGUGCUGUUUGCAAUAAAAGCAUGAAGUUUCUUAUCAAGAGGAAGAUAUUGGAUAAGGGUAUCACGGAGGAUCAGCUUUGUGCUGGUGAUUACGAGCAUGGGGGUAAAGACACGUGCCAGGGCGACUCUGGUGGUCCCCUGCAAGUCAUGGAGGAGAAGGUGGAUUGUUUGAGGAGUUUUCCCCUGCAUAGAGUGGUAGGAGUGACGUCGUUCGGCCGGGACUGUGGGAGGCGAAUGGCCCCUGGUGUUUAUACCAGGGUUUCUAAGUACGUGUCCUGGAUUGAGAGUGUUGUGUGGCCUUGACUUAUAAAGUUUGAUACAAAAAGCGAUAUUGUAAAUAUUUUGUGAGUAAAUUGUAAUAAUUACGGUAGGAUAUUGUUAAACCUGUUGUAAUAGAAGACGAUACUCGUGUAUUAAAUAUCAUAUUAAGGUUUUAAUGUGUAUACAAUUA